AUGGAUGGUCAAGUCAGAGUCGCUCACAAAAUCUUAGGGUACGCUCCCCUUCAGAAGUCAUUUUCCGACCCAAGGCACGUGAUCAACGCUAACCAUCCUCGGCUUCCAAAAAUUACCGUAGUCGAAUUAGGAUUUUUAAUCUCCGAAGGAUCUUCUGUCCCAAAGGGCAUCCCAUUGGUGGACUCCUCCCCAUCUCACCAAGCAGCGGAGGGCGAAGGCGAGUUGGGUCAGUCCGAGGAGGGAUUUGGGGCAUUUGACCAAGCCGACCAAUCCGAGGAUCCUUCUGGUGAUCUAGGUGACCCAGCCUUGUCCGAAGCGGAACUGUUGUCAGUGGGAACAUCCUCCCGAGCCAAGAUGGGUCUCAAGAGAAAGCCACCAACCAGUCUAUUCGACCUCAUUGAGGGUCAACCGGGGAAGGGUGCACAGGGAAAACCACAAUCCAGUGUUCCAACUCCCCCGCCUCAGCCUCAGCCCAUCCAGACAAGGUCCUCGUCUACUAAGCCGCAGCCACAGUCUCCUCGUCCCCAACUUCCUGCUCCUCCUCAAUCAGCUCUGCCUCCUCGGUCGGAGCCCACCGACUCAAAGAGAAAGAGGAGUCCCAAGGGGAAGGAGCCCAUGGAAGAGGGAAAAUCUCAAUCCUCUCAGGAGAGGGAUGAGACCUCGCGAGCCCAAAAACAGCUAAAGAUUGGGCACCAAAGUAAGGGGAAAGGGACCGAGGCCCAAUCCGCCCAAGGCAAGGGAAAAGGGAUCGAAGCCCAAUCCGCGCCGAGUGCUUGGCUUCCCGCCCCCAUACUCCACGGGGAGCCAUUGCUGGAAACCGCGUCCAUGAGGGACCUUGGAGAUGACGAGGGUGGUUAUGUGUCCAACGCAUUAGGGAGAACCAUGCUGCUUCCCACCGAUGUGGAUGAGUUGAAGAACAUGAGGAUGCAGGAGGUUUUCCUCAGCACGAAGAGGUACUUGGGUAUGAGUAAGGCCACCGAGGGUGAACGCACCAAAUGCAUAGAGGUCGCGCGGACCCUCAAAGUUUUCGAGACUGACCUCGGGACGGCUAGGGAGGACUUGAAGAAUGCUACCCGAGACAGGGAUAGUGCCCUAGCGGGUUUAAAGGGCGCCCAAACACAAGCCGAGGAACAGACAAAGCGCCUACUCGUCGCCGAAGAGCAGCUGCAGAUAGCUAAGGAGCAGAUCAGUGACUCGAAGAAGAAACUGAUCAUGGCAGACAACGCUAAAGGCGUGGCGGAGUAUGCCCGGGACGAAGCCGUGAAGGCCAAACAGGAGGCUGAGUUUGCCAGAAACGAGGCCGAAGCUGCUAGGGACAAGGCCGAGGAGGAAGGCUACAAGACGGGGAUAGCUGAAACCCAAGCCUCCCUUAAAGCUCAAAUUCCUGGAGCAUGCAGACUCUACUGCUCCUAG